AUGGGAAAAGCAUGGUUCUUGCUUACCAAACUGCACUCUCUUGCUUGGCCUGGUUUGACGUUGGCUUACCCCUUAUACGCAUCAAUAAUGGCCAUGGAGCGCGGCAGCUCAUCGAAACAAGAAGUUGAGCAAUGGCUUGCUUAUUGGAUCAUGUACGCUUUACUAUCUCCACUGGAGAUGAUUUUCGAACCCCUUUUACAAUGGAUACCAUUUUGGUAUGAAGUGAAGCUUGUGUUUAUGGCAUGGCUAGUUCUACCACAGUUCGGAGGAGCAAGUUUCUUGUAUGAAAGAUUUGUGAGAGAUCAUGCCCUCAGGCUUAUGGGACGCAACUCACGCAAGGACCAUCUGAGACAUCAAGUAGCAACCUCGAGGCCAUCACAACCCGCACCAACGACUAUGCAUAAUGCCGGGGAGUUGAGACAAUCAGAAACACACAAUGCUCAUCAAAACACACGUACUCAUCAAUCCAACACGGCCAAUGACGCAAGUACUCAUCCAUCCAACACGUCUAAUGAUCAAGACACAAGUACUCGUGUUGCAUGGAGGUCCAUGAGGGAAGGACAAAGCAGACUAGUGCAUAAGCCGGGAAAGCGUAGAACACUUUGGCAUAGUUUCAUUCAUUGUUCUCAGACUAGGAAAUAG